CUGUUGUAAUUGACGAUGCCGCCCUCCGUACAUUAUUGUACUAAUAAUAAUUCCUCCAAUAAAGAUAGAAUUCGUUAAAUUUUUUGCAUAAAAAUCAAAUUUUCUUUUUUCUCCCAAUAAGAAAAUUAAAUGUAAAUUCAUUGAUCGGAAGAUCGAUCGGAAUGUUGAAUUCAGGCGUAUCUCAAGCUACUCUGCAGCUACGUCAGUGGCUUGUUCUGCCGCAGUAUAAAAGCGGAAGAAGAAAAAAUGAUAAAUAUAAGGAGUCGUUGUUGAAUCCGGCGGGAGAAAUUCCGAAAGGUUUCAUGGCGGUGUACGUCGGACGGAAAAAACAGAGGUAUGUUAUUCCGACGAGGUAUCUGUCGAUGCCGGAGUUUCAGGUGUUGAUGGAGAAAGCCGGUGAAGAAUUUGGAUAUGAUCAAGAAGGUGGUCUUCAGCUUCCGUGCGAAGAUGAUCAGUUUCAUGACAUACUCUUCAAAUGCUUAAGACUUUCUAAGAAAAAAUCCAAAUCUUUGAAAAUUUAGGGGUUAAUUGCAAAAUAAUUCAUAAAAUUUAAUGUAAUUUGCAAUCAUAAUAUAAAUUUUGAUAUUUGAUAA